UGGAAUUUAGCUAGUGAUACAGAAGUCCCUGUUAAUGGCUGAUAAUGUAACUGUCAACAAUUCUGGGGUUGCUGAGACCGAAGCCCUUUUACCAUCCAUUAUUCUCUGUACUUCACAGGUUCAUUUUUAAAGGCAACUUAGAAUCAAAUGUUAUGGAUGAACCAUGAAGGCACAAUUACAAGUCACAGUGCUUUCAGCUAAGCUAAAGGAAAACAAAAAGAACUGGUUUGGUCCCAGUCCGUAUGUUGAGGUAGCUGUGGAUGGCCAGUCAAAAAGAACAGAAAAAUGCAACAACACCCACAGUCCCAAAUGGAAGCAGGCCAUCACUGUAAUUGUGACUCCAGUCAGCAAACUCAUCUUUCGUGUUUGGAGUCAUCAGACACUGAAAGCAGAUAUUCUGCUGGGCAUGGCCACUCUGGACAUUGGUACGGUCCUCAAAGCCAAUGAUCUUAAAUUGUGUGAGGUGGUGCAGACGCUGCAGCUAUCCUUCGACAGAGACCCUCAGGAUAUUGUAGGGGACCUCUCAAUCUGUCUGGACGGCAUGCAGGUUGACCCAGAAGCCUUUGCUCUGGCAGAGAGAGAGCAAGCUCCUCUCACAAAUGGAAAUGCAAAACAAAAUGGCAACACUAGCAACAGAUCAAGCCGGGACACGUCUCCGUCCAGUGACUCAGAUGACUGGGUGAUUGUACCCAAUGGUCUUACUGUCAGCGAUAGAGGUUCUCCCUCUCCGUCUGCAGAGGGCUCCACUUCCUCUCGUCCUCCUAGGCCCGCCAGGCCGCCGCCUCCUACGCCACGAAAACCUGCUGCCUCACCUAGCUCUUCUAGUAGUUCUUCCCCCAGUGAACUGAGUGAAGCACCAGCUUCUGACGGUUCCUCUCAGGCAUCUGCAAGCGGAGGUUCAGACCAGCCCGAUGAUGCAGGUGCUCGAGCAGCAACAGCCGUUUCCUCACAGACAGCUAGUGCUCCCAAACCAGGUGGCGCUGUAACAGCAGCUCCAGCUACAACCGCGACUGCCAGAGUCAACGCCAUUAGCAACGCCCCGUUGCCACCAGGAUGGGAGCAAAGGGUAGACCAGAAUGGAAGAGUGUAUUAUGUGGACCACAUUGAGAAAAGAACAACCUGGGACAGACCUGAGCCUCUGCCUACAGGCUGGGAGCGACGGGUCGACCCGAUGGGUAGAGUGUACUAUGUUGACCACAUAACACGAACCACAACAUGGCAACGGCCCACUCAGGAGUCAGUGCGCAAUUAUGAGGAAUGGCAGAACCAGCGCAGCCAGCUUCAGGGAGCAAUGCACCAGUUUAACCAGAGGUUCAUUUACGGGCUGCAGGACCAGUUUGCAGCCACAUCCACUAAAGAGUUCGACCCACUGGGACCACUGCCACACGGCUGGGAGAAGAGAACAGACACCAAUGGCAGAGUAUAUUUUGUUCAUCAUCCAACUCGAACGACUCAGUGGGAGGACCCGAGGACACAGGGUCUUCUAAAUGACAAACCCCUGCCUGAAGGAUGGGAGAUGAGGUUCACUGUGGACCACAUUCCCUACUUUGUAGACCACAACCGGAGAACGACAACCUACAUCGACCCUCGGACAGGGAAAUCUUCCUUCGAGAAUGGGCCACAGAUCACCUAUGUUCGGGACUUUAAAGCCAAAGUCCAAUACUUUAGAUUCUGGUGUCAGCAAUUAUCUAUGCCUCAGCAUAUCAAGAUUACCGUCUCCAGAAAAACUUUGUUUGAGGAUUCAUUUCAGCAGAUCAUGAGUUUUCACCCACAAGAUUUGAGGCGGAGACUGUGGAUCAUUUUCCCUGGAGAGGAGGGCUUGGACUAUGGAGGCGUAGCCAGAGAAUGGUUCUUCUUGCUCUCCCAUGAAGUGCUAAAUCCCAUGUACUGUUUGUUCGAGUACGCUGGAAAGGACAACUACUGUCUUCAGAUUAACCCGGCUUCUUAUAUCAAUCCGGAUCAUCUUAAAUACUUUAAAUUCAUUGGCCGCUUCAUUGCCAUGGCCUUGUUCCAUGGAAAGUUUAUUGACACGGGUUUCUCGCUGCCCUUCUACAAGCGCAUUUUGAACAAACCGCUGGCUCUUAAAGACUUGGAGUCCAUUGACCCUGAAUUUUAUAAUUCACUCAUUUGGAUCAAGGACAAUAACAUAGAAGAAUGCGGUCUGGAGAUGUUCUUCUCUGUUGAUAAGGAAAUCCUGGGAGAGGUCAGCACUCAUGAGCUGAAACCAGAUGGAGGAAACAUUCCAGUUACUGAAGACAACAAGGAGGAAUACAUCAGGUUGGUGGCAGAGUGGAGGCUGUCCAGAGGAGUGGAGGAGCAGACUCAGGCAUUCUUUGAGGGCUUUAAUGAAGUUCUUCCUCAGCAGUACCUUCAGUACUUUGAUGCAAAGGAGUUGGAGGUAAUGCUAUGUGGAAUGCAGGAGAUCGACCUGGUGGACUGGCAGAGAAACACGAUUUAUAGACAUUAUGCUCGGAGCAGCAAGCAAAUCCUUUGGUUCUGGCAGUUUGUGAAGGAGAUGGACAACGAAAAACGAAUGAGACUCCUGCAGUUUGUCACCGGCACCUGCCGACUUCCUGUGGGUGGCUUUGCUGAUUUGAUGGGAAGCAAUGGUCCACAAAAGUUUUGCAUUGAGAAAGUGGGGAAAGAAAACUGGCUUCCACGAAGUCACACGUGCUUCAAUCGUCUGGAUCUCCCUCCUUAUAAAAGCUAUGAGCAACUGAAGGAAAAACUUAUCUUUGCCAUUGAGGAAACGGAAGGAUUUGGGCAGGAAUAAUCAUAACAGGAGUUCCUGAUUUUCAUCCCAAUAACCUGUGGAUGCAACAGAAAAUUGCUGACCUUGAAUGAGCCGGAUCCAUUUUAGAAAGAAGCAUUUUUAGCAGUUUCUCUCUGGAGCCUGGAAAUGCUUUCACCCUGGUAGAUUCUGUCUGUCUCAAUAGCAUAUUCACAAAAGAUUACAAAAUUGUUUCAUAAUAGGUUCAUUAUUUAACAAGGGAUCUGUGAGUCUUCUACCUUGAUGAUCUGUUCCUCCCUGAUCCACUUAAUCUCCCUUUGCUGCACAAAAAGACUAAAAAAAGAAACGCCUUUCUCACUCUGGCAUGCCUGCACUUGCUGUAUGUUGAGUAAGCGCAGUUUCUACAUAUGGAGCACAGAUUCUGCACCAUAGUCAUUUCUUUAGAACCACUUUGUUGAGCCUAUGCACUCUGAUAAUGUACGAGGAAAGAAACUUGUCUGUACAUUUUGACUCAUAAUAUGAAGAUUAAUUUCCUGACAGAUAAAACAGUCCCUUUUGAUUCGA